AUGGCCAAGGAUAAGAGUGUAUCAACAGAAGACAACUACGAAGCUAGACUUCCUGCCGUUCUACCAUUUGCAAAACCUCUAGCAUCAAAGAAACUGAACAAAAAGGUGUUAAAGACCGUCAAGAAGGCUUCCAAGGCUAAGAAUGUCAAAAGAGGUGUCAAAGAGGUUGUCAAGGCUUUGAGAAAGGGUGAUAAAGGGUUAGUAGUCAUUGCUGGUGAUAUUUUCCCACAAGAUGUUAUUUCUCACUUGCCAGUUUUGUGUGAAGACCAAUCUGUUCCAUAUAUCUUUGUGCCCUCGAAGCAAGAUCUAGGUUCUGCUGGUGCCACCAAGAGACCUACUUCUGUUGUAUUCAUCGUUCCAGGCUCUAACAAGAAGAAAGAUGCUAAGGCUAAGGAAGAAGAAUACCGUGCUGCAUUCGAUGAAAUUGUUAAGGAAGUAAGCUCUUUGUAG